AUGGUCCUUUGGCAUCCUCCUGAUGCCCCUUGGGUGAAGUUGAACACUGAUGUAGCCUUCUCUACAUCGACAUUGGAGGCGGGAGAGGGAGGAUUGGUUCGUGGUUCUGAUGGAGGUCUUCUGCGGGCCUUCUGUUCUCCGGUUGCUGCAUCUUCGAGCUUUAAGGCGGAGCUUAUGGCUCUUAUUCGGGGUUUGGAGAUGGCUAUGGAGUUUUCUACACACAUUUGGAUAGAGCUGGACUCAGCGGCUCUGGUUACCUUGUUGUUAUCUGGACAGCUUGGCUUUGCGGAUCUUAGAGAUCAUAUGGCUUUGAUCCGGAGUAUGACUUCUCAGCGGUAG